AUGGCCCUGAAGCUUCUGCCAUUUCUAGCCCUUGUGGCCCAGGCGGCAGACUACAAUAUCGUUAACUUGGACAACAACACUCUCAAGCUGCUAACCGGCCACAGCCUUCCUGCAUUUGUUCGCUUUGACCGGGAUUACCCCUAUGGCGAGAAGGCUGACGCCUUCAAGGCGGUGGCGCAGACUGCAGUAGGUGCCCAGGUCCUGAUUGGCACAGUUGGCAUCUCCACCUAUGGUGAGAAGAUGAAUCAGGAUCUGGCGGAAAGGUUUGGCUACAAAUCGCCAGACAAAGAUCUGGAAUACAGUGACAUGGACAACAUCUUUCCCAAAUAUCGCUUCUUCCCGGCCAAUGGUGGUGCGGAUAUCGAGUAUACUGGACCCGUGACUGCUGAUUCGAUGACGCUGUUCCUGAAGAAGGAGCUUCUGAGCCUUUUGUUCACGACAGUGGUGGCACAAUCCAACCCUGCCGCUCAGGAGGCCAAGAUCUACUUCGGCCUUAAAGGAACAAUUCGCGAGUUUGACAAGCCUCUUGGCAGAGCGCAGGCGGCGAAAGCAGAGCCCAGCGAAGAAGAGAAGCAGGAAGCCCCGGCAUCAUCUUCAGCACCAGUUGAGGAAGAGGCCAGUGUCAGCAAGGACACCCCUGAGUCUGGAGAUCGUGACCGCGCUGGUUCAAGAGAGAAGACUGAGGUCUUCGAGCAGGAGGUGACCACUGAGGAGAAGGACAGAGCAGCAGCCAGCGAUCCACAGGCCUUUGGAUUGCGAGUCAAGAAGGAGGAGGUUGAGGCUCCCGCGGAAGAAGAAGCGGGGGCGGAGGAGGCCCCUGGAGGUGAGACAAUCUCCGAGUACGAGGAAUUGGCCGAGCCCAUUCCACAUCCCGACAUAGAGCUGAAGACACUUCGAGGACUGAAGGUGGUGCACAUCCAGGGGCAGUAUUGGGAGAGCGAGGCCGAAGUCGUGGGAGAGAUUUCAGGCAUGUUGAUGGGGGAGGACGGAGCGUGGGUGACCUUACGCACCCAUGGAACGUCCACCGAAAGCAUCCUGAAGUUCAUCAGUGGGCGAACUCGGAAGGAACUUCAGGUGCGGCAGAAAGAGGCAAAGGUCGAGGAGACGCUCACAAGGCCGAGGUGGCCGUCGAAGAUCUCCUGGGAAAGGCGGAGAGGAGACAAAGCCGCGGGAGUGAAGCCCAUCAUUCUGCAGUAUUGCCGGCAACAGCUAUGUCAAAAUAUGAGCCCCCCGGUAGCGCGGGAGGCGUUGCAUUGGGCUGCAACGAUGGACAUGUUGUUGGAGGGGAGAGUUUCCUCGGCGUUGGACGUGAUGUGCCAAAGGCUGAAAAGCCUGGAGGGCUUGGCCUCCAACACCGAGGUGAACUUGGCAGGCCAAGCGGCGCACCAGGAGGCCAAGGUGAUGCAUCGGGCCAGCAGUUCUGCGUGGGAGCGGCCCAAAGGCAAGGACAAGGGAGGCAAGAGCAAAUGGAAGGAGGAGCGGUCAGAGACCAAAGGCGAGAAGGGAAAGAAAGACAAGGGCGAUGGCAAGAAGAAGGCGCAGUGA